CGCGUGAGAUGGCCAAGAAUAAGAACUUCCCUCAGCAUGGGCUCACCAGUAGACAGUUUUGUGACAAAUGCCGCAACCAUGGGGUGUUCUUCAAAAAGCGGUACCACAAAAUGAAAAAGCAAUGCCAGUUCGAGAAGUGCGAUUGCCCACAUUGUCGAUUGACCGACAGUCGUCGGCUUGUCAUGAAGCUUCAGCAGAAAGUGCGACGGGCGGGAAUAACGGCCAAGGAGAUCUCAAGUGAAACAGAGGACGACGAAGACAGUAAUAGAGACAGCCAGGAAAGAGAUCAACAGAACGAUGGUGGUGACGUCAUUGAAGGGGACAUCUACGAUGAGACGAACAUAGAACAAGAUAUUGCUGAGGCUAUAAAAGCGGCCACCCUUGCCAUAGAAGCUUUACCCAGACAUUAUAAAAUAAAGUCGAAUAAAAUAAAAGGAGAAAACAGUUCAGUCAAUCAAUCGGGCAGUCAAUCGGGCCCAUCAGUCAAUCGGGCCCAUCUGAAAGUUAGAAUCUUGAAAACAGAGUUAACUCUCCCUAGAGAAGUCAAGCAAGCCGAUGACCAGUCUACUUUGUCGAAGUUUCGGGGUACCGAAUCGUUACAGCCGCCCGUCACGAUUCACAGCAACGUGAAUCAAUACCCCGAGCUCGUUCCUAAUUCUUGGGAGAAACCUGACAGCAGACUGUCUCCACCUGACAGCAGGAUGUCUCCACCUAACAGCAGGCUGUCUCCACCUGACAGCAGGAUGUCUCCACCUAACAGCAGGCUGUCUCCACCUGACAGCAGGAUGUCUCCACCUGACAGCAGGAUGUCUCCACCUGUUUCCGUGGCUUCUUAUCUCAUCGCCAAGUAUUCUCCACAAACUCCCAAGCCUAGCCAGUCGACACCUACCCCCUUCGAGACAAAGGCAUCCAUCAACCAGGAGAUCAGAGACGAAGGUGGCUGGCCAAAUGCACCCGUCACAGAGCCAAGCCUCAUCCACCCUCAUUUCCCGCCUGCACUGCCGCCCCAUACAGGAGCACCAAUGUUGCUACCUCCUUCACACCCGACGUACCUGAACCGCAUGCCACCAUUUUAUCCCUUGGUGUCACAAGCAGACAAAGCCUGUGCCGCGCCACAGAUGUUCUUGCCUCCUCGAGGUAAUUUGCCUCCGUUGUUCAGCAAUGAACGUUCGCUUUUGUAUGAAAAGUCGCCUCAGUCGGACUACAGUUCCAUGUCUAAAUCAUUCGACUCGUGCAAAAAUCGCAGCAUUAGGGACAAGCAUGAGGGCUGCCACCAAUAUGAGAACGACAUUGGCGUCGCUGAUCGUGAUGACUUCAGGUACGGCAAACUGUUUUCGCACGGAGUAAUCGGCCACCCCGGAGAACGUAUAACUGCACAAGACAGCAUAUCUGUACCACAGCCUGCUCCUGCCAACGCUCUUGAAGAGCUUGAUUACUUCGCUAAAAUGCAACUCCAAAGGCAAUUUCCUGAACAUUUUGCCAGGAUCGCAGAACAAACUUAUCCUGUUCGCCAGCCAGCAAGACAUCCGACUUCGCCUGUUCCUCUGGUUGGUUCUCAGCCUGGCAUGGAUGCGGCGCUGCACAAUCCCAUCCAGCCUUGA